AUGGAUGCGCGAGUUGCAGACGCAGAAGGUCGGGCCAGGGCUGAGGCGAGGGCACGCAUCAACACGGAAGCGCCAGCACCAGCACCAGCACACACGCUGCACACGCACACGCACCGCCAAAGCACAAGGCACAAGUACGAGAUGAUGCUCCGCCCGGCGGUUCUGCGUGGGUCGGCGCCGUCUGGAGGCCUUUCUCAAGGCGCGUGCGACGGAAUUCAGCGGCGGGUCGCUCUUUUGUGCCUCUCCGCAAGCAAAGGCGACGACGAGGACGCCGACGACAGCGGCAGAGACGAGAAGGAGGAGGACGACGACGACGGGAGGACAAUGCAAAGAUCGAAGAAGGCAAGGCAGCCAACAAAAAAAAAACCUUCCCAGGUCGCAAAACGGCGUCUCGAAGCACCAGUUCGCGUUGUUUCUGGUCCCAUCUCCAACCCCACAGCCGGCCACGAUGAGGACCAUCUAUUAGAGAGGGCCCAACGCUCGCCCAGGGCGGCGUCUUCGGAUGGAUCAGGCGUGAAAAUCAGCUAA